ACAGACUUUCGUGUCACACUGCGGCUUGCCUCGAGGCCGAAUUUGGGCUCGCUCGCGAAUUUUCUAGGCGGGAGAACCACUGUUUGCCCACACGACACGAUCCAAGUCAUGGAUCUCGUCUUGAGGGAGUGUGCUACGAACUCGAAGAACCUUGUUCCUGGUGGUCGGUCUUUCUUCUCCCCUAACCUGGGAAACAAGGAUCUUGGAGGGGGCCUCGUCGCGUGGCAAGGCUUCUAUAUGUCCAUCCGUCCAGCACAGGACAAUUUGCUCGUCCUUAACAUUGACAUGACCGGGAAUGCGUUUAUCAAGGAGGGGCAGACUCUGGUGGAGUUUGUGAGCCGGUCUUUUGGUGCCGAUCCUCGCGAUCUGGAUCGUAACAUGCGUCGGCAGGAUGCACAGGGCGACACUUACCGCGUCAAGAUGAAGAAGCUGGUGAAAGGCCUCAAGGUGGAAACAAGUCACUGCAAGACCAAACGAAAACUCAAGAUUGUGAGCUUGACGCGACAGCCACUGGAAACUUUGAACUUUAAUAUGAAUGGCAUGCAAGUUUCUGUAGCCGAUUAUUUUCGGCAAACUUAUGGUUUAAACCUGGCUUUUGGGGGGUUUCCUGCUGUGGAGCAAGGAUCCGGUGAUCGGAAAAAGUAUAUCCCGCUCGAGCUCUGCCGACUCGUUAAGGGCCAGAAUUUUACCAGAAGGGUGAAUGACGACCAGAGAAAGGGGCUCUCUGCAAUGACAUGCUGCCUACCUGAGCAACGCGUGAACGCCACACAACAGGCCUGCUUAAAUCUGAAAAAACAAAGUGAAGAUCACGCCAAAGAGUUCGGAGUGGAAAUCAAUCCUAACUGGACUAGAGUUCCAGCUCGAGUUCUUAAUCCUCCAAAGGUGAAGUAUGGAAAUGGUGAAAUUUGUCCCCGCGAUGGGACGUGGAACAUGAUAAACAAGAAAAUGGUUGAAGGGCGGGAGAUCAAACAUUGGGGCAUUAUUAGCUGCUCUAACCGUGUGAGAGAAAAUGACCUUCAAAGGAUAGCACAGCAGCUCUCGUCAGCAUGUCUUUCUUAUGGAGUGGGCUUGGACGUGAAUGUCGUAAUGCCUCCGCUGGUGGUGACUGUUCCACAGACGGUGGACGAAGCGAUACGGUCUUCCGUGAAAAAACUUGCGGAGCGGAAUAUCGAGCUCCAGCUGCUCGUGUGCAUUCUACCAGAUCGUGAACACAAGCCAUUUUAUGUGACUAUCAAGCGCUUAUGCGAGCUUGAACUUGGCGUCAUAACUCAAUGCGCGCAGGAGGGUAAAAUUAGGAAGUGUGAUCCUCGCUACCUCGCAAACCUUAUUUUAAAAAUCAAUGCCAAGUUCGGAGGGAAAAACGCAGUUAUAUGUGCGCAAGAUCUGAAGAAAUGCAAGCCGGUAGCAGACUCGCCAACUCUGAUAAUCGGUGCGGACGUUUCUCAUCCUCGUGCUGGGGAGGAAACAGGGUGCUCAAUGGCAGCGGUUGUGGCGAGUAUGGAUUGGCCCGGGUUUGCGCAGUAUGCGACGGUCGUGAGAAGUCAGCCUUCGCGACAGGAGAUGUUGGACGACCUGUUCUGGGAGAACGUUGACGAGCAGGGCCGUAGUGUCAGUGGUGGCAUUUUCAAGGAGAUGUUGAUGGCAUUCCAUCACCGGACGAACUUUAUCCCUGAGCGUAUAAUUUAUUACAGAGACGGAGUAAGCGAAGGACAGUUCGAAGCUGUGCUUCGUAGCGAAUACGAGUCGCUUCAGCGAGCUUGUUCCGCUCUAGGCUGGAGCGGUGGGCCUCCGGAGCAGGCUGAAAAGCGGUCCAAGCAACCAUCAAAGGGUCCCAAGAUCACGUUCAUAGUGGUGCAAAAGAGACACCAUACCUGUUUUUUCCCAGCCACGAAGCCAACUGGGAAAAACCAGAACAUCAGCCCGGGGACAAUCGUCGAUAAAGUCGUGUGCCAUCCGACAAACUUCGACUUCUACCUUUGCAGCCACCAGGGAAUCAAGGGGACUAGCCGGCCCGUGCACUACCACGUCCUCAAAGACGAGAAUGGGUUUACUGCUAACGAGAUCCAGCAGUUCACGCACGACCUCUGCUACCUCUACUCUCGCUGCACCCGAGCUGUUUCGUAUGUUCCACCGUGCUAUUACGCUCACUUGGCAGCACAGCGAGCGCAGGCUUGGGUGGAUCCCGAGGGCUCCACGCCUCCAACGACGGCGAGUGGGGGAGGGUCGGACGCCGGAGGUGGUCCUGCUGGUGGUUCUCGUGGAGGGAGGCGUGCUGCUCGACGAGUUCCCUCUGGACCAGUGCGGCCGCUUCCUCCGAUGCACGAGAAGAUCCGGAACACCAUGUUUUACAUCUAAGAAGGUUUGCAAGGUUUGAGAAA